UAAGAUACUUGCAACGGCUAUUUGUAUGGUGCGGGAAGAAGCACAGCGCAAAACCCUUUAUAUAGGGUGAGUACAGUAGUAUCUAAGACAAGACCCACAAACCAAACAAAAUUUGUAGGUAAGAAAAUCACUCUCCAUACCCACAAAAAUGCCUGUGCUCCAAGACUCAUCGUCGUUUUCCCCAAAGGUGAUCGCUCAACGGCCUUCUCUUUCCGAUUCCAAAUUCUCCUUUCUUCCGCCGUCUUUUCCUCAGUCGAUUCGAAGCCGACGUCGUCGUUUUAGUCUGGGGUCCACUUCGACAUCCGUAUCAUCCACUCCCAUCGUCGCUGUCGCGUCGCUCAAGGAAAAUCUGGGUAGUCUCACAAAGACUUGGAGUGAUUUCACCAGCCUAAACUAUUGGGUUGUUCGCGAUUACUAUCGGCUCGUGAAGUCUGUCAAUGCUCUGGAGCCGCAAAUACAGAUACUCUCCGAUGAGCAGCUUAGGGCUAAAACUGCGGAGUUCAGGCAAAGGCUGCGAGAGGGGCAAACGUUGGCAGAUAUUCAAGCUGAAGCAUUUGCCGUUGUUCGUGAAGCUGCAAAGAGGAAGCUCGGGAUGCGGCAUUUUGAUGUGCAGAUUAUCGGCGGGGCUGUCCUUCACGACGGCUCCAUUGCGGAGAUGAAAACUGGAGAGGGGAAAACUUUGGUCUCUACAUUGGCGGCGUAUCUUAAUGCCUUGACUGGUGAAGGUGUUCAUGUGGUAACUGUGAAUGAUUAUCUAGCUCAGAGAGAUGCUGAAUGGAUGGGUCGUGUUCAUCGCUUAUUGGGUCUUUCUGUGGGUCUUAUUCAGAGGGGGAUGACAUCAGAAGAGAGGAGAUCAAAUUAUAAUUGCGACAUAACAUACACAAAUAAUUCAGAACUUGGUUUCGAUUACCUACGAGACAAUCUUGCUGGAAACAACGGACAGCUUGUAAUGAGAUGGCCAAAGCCGUUUCAUUUUGCAAUAGUCGAUGAAGUUGAUUCAGUCCUCAUUGAUGAUGGGAGAAAUCCCUUGUUAAUAAGUGGUGAGGCUAGUAAAGAUGCUGCUCGCUACCCAGUCGCUGCUAAAGUGGCUGAGCUUCUUGUACGGGGUCUUCAUUAUAAUGUGGAACUCAAAGAUAAUUCAGUGGAGCUGACUGAAGAAGGAAUAGAGCUUGCUGAGAUGGCGCUCGAAACGCAUGACUUGUGGGAUGAAAGUGACCCUUGGGCUAGAUUUGUGAUGAAUGCAUUGAAGGCUAAGGAGUUCUACCGGCGAGAUGUGCAAUACAUUGUUAAAAAUGGGCAGGCUCUCAUAAUUAAUGAGCUGACAGGCAGAGUUGAAGAGAAAAGAAGAUGGUCUGAUGGGAUUCAUCAGGCUGUAGAAGCUAAAGAAGGUCUCAAAAUUCAGGCUGAUUCAGUUGUUGUGGCGCAAAUCACUUAUCAAUCACUAUUCAAGCUCUAUCCGAAGCUUUCAGGGAUGACUGGGACUGCCAAAACUGAAGAAAAGGAAUUUCUGAAAAUGUUUCAGAUACCAGUUAUUGAAGUGCCCACUAAUCUGCCAAACAUUCGAAAGGAUUUACCUAUCCAAGCAUUUGCUACUGCUCGAGGGAAAUGGGAAUAUGUUCGUCAAGAAGUUGAAGACAUGUUUAGACAGGGUCGUCCUGUUUUAGUUGGGACCACAAGUGUUGAGAAUUCUGAAUACUUGUCUGAUCUGCUAAAGGAACGGAAUAUCCCCCAUAAUGUUCUAAAUGCAAGAUCAAAGUAUGCUGCAAGAGAGGCUGACAUUGUUGCCCAAGCAGGACGAAAAUAUGCCAUCACUAUUUCUACAAAUAUGGCUGGCAGAGGCACUGACAUAAUCCUAGGAGGCAAUCCAAAGAUGCUUGCUAAAGAGAUUAUUGAGGACAGCUUGCUUUCGUUUCUCACAAAAGAAGCUCCUAAUAUUGAAGUUGAUGGAGAGGGAGGAACUCAAAAGGUCUUGUCCAAGAUAAAGGUUGGACCCUCAUCAUUAGCUUUGCUGGCUAAGACAGCCCUAAUGGCUAAAUAUGUAUGCAAAGGUGAAGGUAAGAGCUGGACACAUAAGGAGGCGAAAUCAAUGAUAUCAGAGUCUGUGGAAAUGAGUCAGUCAGUUGAUUCAGAAGAGCUAGAGAAGUUGGCCAAUGAACAGUCAGAGAUGUACCCUCUUGGCCCGACCAUUGCCCUUGCUUACCUAUCAGUUCUCAAAGAUUGCGAGAUCCACUGUUUCGAAGAAGGGUCUGAAGUGAAAAAGCUUGGCGGUCUUCAUGUGAUUGGGACAUCCUUGCACGAGUCCCGGAGAAUAGAUAACCAGCUCCGUGGCAGAGCAGGACGGCAAGGCGAUCCUGGUUCAACUCGGUUUAUGGUGAGCUUGCAGGAUGAGAUGUUUCGGAAGUUUAAUUUCGACACUGAGUGGGCUGUUAGACUUAUUUCAAGAAUUACAAAUGACGAGGAUCUCCCAAUUGAAGGUGGUGUAAUAUUAAAACAGCUUUUAGCGCUGCAGAUUAACGCAGAGAAAUACUUCUUUGGUAUAAGAAAGAGCUUGGUUGAGUUCGAUGAAGUUUUAGAGGUGCAGAGAAAGCAUGUCUAUAAUCUUAGGCAAUCAAUUUUAACGGGUGAUAACGCAAGUUGUUCACAGCACAUAUUCCGGUACAUGCAAGCAGUGGUAGAUGAAAUCGUCUUCGCAAAUAUUGAUCCGCUGCAGCAUCCCACAAACUGGAGUUUGGGAAAGCUUUUGAAGGAGUUCUCCCUAAUUGGAGGAAAGCUACUGGAUGGCUCAUUCGCAGGAGUCACCGAGGAAACUUUAUUGAAAUCUUUAGAACAAACACAUGAACUGAGUUCUAUGGAUACGAGUGACUUUCAUCUUCCAGACUUACCAACUCCUCCAAAUGCCUUUAGAGGAAUCCACAAGAAGACUUCUUCAUUGAAACGUUGGCUUUCCAUAUGCUCUGAUGAUUCUACAACGAACGGUGCGUACCGAGCUACCGGUAAUCUCCUCCGCAAGUAUCUUGGUGAUUUUCUAAUAGCCUCAUAUUUGGAUGUUGUACAAGAAUCUGGUUAUGACGAUUCAUAUGUGGCAGAGGUUGAGAAAGCUGUUCUCGUGAAGACCCUAGAUUGUUUCUGGAGGGAUCAUCUGAUAAACAUGAACAGGCUGAACUCAGCGGUGAAUGUAAGGAGUUUUGGGCAUAGGAAUCCCCUCGAAGAGUACAAAAUCGACGGCUGUCGUUUUUUCAUAUCGAUGCUUAGCACGACUCGGAGGCUAACUAUAGAAUCUCUCUUGCAAUAUUGGUCAUCGCCCAUGGAGUCCCAAGAAAUAUUUGUAUCAUAAGUUCGUAAUCCAGAAUCAUUGUCACAUCAAAAUGUAAAUAUACCC